AUGCGUCCGUGGACAGGGUCAUGGCGCUGGAUCAUGCUGGUGCUGCUGGCCUGGGGCACACUGCUCUUUUACAUCGGUGGGCACCUGGUGCGUGAUAGUGAGCACCCUGAGAGGUCCAGCCGAGAGCUGUCCAAGAUUCUGGCCAAACUGGAGCGACUCAAACAACAGAACGAAGACCUGCGACGCAUGGCGGAGACACUUAGGCUGCCUGAGGGCCAGGCAGACAUGGGUCCAGGGGCUGCUGGGAGACUGCGCACUCUGGAGGAGCAGCUGAUCAGAGCCAAAGAACAGAUCAACUCCUACCGCAGCCUUCCUUCAGACGCAGGGCCGGGCAGGUACCAGGAAGAGCUGAGGAGGAAGAUUGAGAAUGGUGUCAGGGAACUUUGGUACUUUGUGCGCAGUGAGGUGAAGAAACUGGCUCACGUGGAGAGUGGAGACCUACAGAAACACAUUGACAUUCUUCUGCAGGACCUGGGGGAUCAACAGAGGUCCAUCAUGGCAGACCUUUACUUCUUGAGUCAGGUGGAUGGAGCAGGAGACUGGAGAGAGAAAGAGGCCAAGGACCUGUCCAACCUAGUACAAAACAGAAUUUCUUACUUGCAGAAUCCGCAGGACUGCAGCAAAGCACGCAAGCUAGUAUGCAACAUCAACAAGGGCUGCGGCUACGGCUGUCAGCUGCACCAUGUGGUCUACUGUUUUAUGAUCGCCUACGGUACCCAGCGGACACUCAUUCUGGAGUCACAGAACUGGCGCUACGCCACCGGUGGCUGGGAGACCGUCUUCAAACCCGUCAGCGACACGUGCACUGACCGCAACGGAGCCUCAACUGGACACUGGUCUGGUGAAGCCAAUGAUCGUGACGUGCAGGUGAUAGAGUUGCCCAUAGUGGACAGCUUGCAUCCUCGUCCACCUUACUUGCCUCUGGCCAUCCCAGAGGACCUGGCCGAUCGCCUCCACCGUCUCCAUGGUGACCCAUCUGUUUGGUGGGUGUCACAGUUUGUGAAGUACCUAGUUCGACCGCAGGCCUGGCUGGAUAAGGAGAUCCAGGAGGCCACUGCCAGGCUGGGCUUCAAACAUCCUGUCAUAGGGGUGCAUGUGCGUAGGACUGAUAAAGUGGGAACAGAGGCAGCCUUCCAUCCUAUAGAGGAGUACAUGGUACAUGUGGAGGACCACUUCCAGAGCUUGGCCAGACGAAUGCAUGUAGACAAGAAACGUGUUUACCUGGCCACUGAUGACCCCUCACUACUGCAGGAAGCCAAGUCCAAAUAUCCUGACUAUGAGUUCAUCAGUGAUAACUCCAUCUCAUGGUCGGCUGGUCUGCAUAACCGCUACACUGAGAAUUCACUCAGGGGAGUUAUCCUGGACAUCCACUUCCUGUCACAGACCAAUUUCCUCGUCUGUACCUUCUCCUCACAGGUAUGUCGCGUGGCCUAUGAGAUCAUGCAAACCCUGCACCCGGAUGCCUCGUCUUACUUCCACUCUCUGGACGAUAUAUAUUACUUUGGAGGUCAGAACGCCCACAACCAGAUCGCCAUAUACCCCCACCAGCCCCGAAACGCAGAGGACAUCCCCCUAGAACCCGGUGACAUCAUCGGGGUGGCUGGCAACCACUGGGACGGCUACUCCAAAGGCAUCAACCGCAAAACAGGCCGCACAGGCCUCUACCCUUCCUAUAAAGUCAAAGAGAAGAUAGAGACAGUGAAAUAUCCCACUUACCCUGAAGCAGACAAACUUCUCAAACAGUAGAGAGUGAGACAGAGAUAGAACGCUGCUGCUCAAGUACUGUGGAGGGGAGCCCCACACCUCCAGGAAUGCACUUUUGUGUGUAAGUGCGUGUGUGCGUGUGCGUGUGUGUGUG